AGUCGAAGUGAACUGCAGUGGCGAACUACGCUUCACGAAGGUCGGUAGCGUCGAGACGGCUCGCGUCGGUUACAACUUUAAGCAGAAGACGUAAACGAAAGCUUGUGUUUUACCGCUAAUAGUGAAAGUUUCAAUUUGAUUGAAAAUUAUUUUACUGGACAGAGGAAGUUAAGUGAUUUGUGAAAAAUUUAAGUGAUACUUUUGAAAACUCUUCAUCGGAGAGGAACUUUUCAUUUCACAUGGAAACUUAAAAAUUGGAAUUCAUUAUUAAAGAUCCGUCUUUAAUAUGACGGGCGGUUGACCCCAAGAUGGCGCCUUGGCACAGGAUUCAAUGAUGGCGCGAAAUGGCGCCAUUCUAAUCUUACUGGCUGUUUCGAUCAGCCUACAGACAUUUGCUGAUCAAACUAAAUGUCCGAGCCUAGCCGCAAAUCCUUCUUGUCAAUGCUUCAACUUUGAAAAUGGUAUUUUAUUGGAAUGUCCUGCUGCCACCGCCGACUCAGUCAAGUCUGUUUUGGAGAUUAUCGAAGGAUCCGUACAAAGUCUCAACAUAUAUGACCCGGAUAAAUCAAUAGUCAAGCUUCCAAAACAUUUCUUUCCCGACACGACCAUCAUUAAACAUUUACAAAUAUCUCAAAGUAACAUACAAGAAUUACAUGAUGACUGCCUCUUGCCGCUCAAGCCUCACUUGGAAUCUUUUAGUCUUGUAUCUGGUCGACUUAAAGAGAUACCUCAGAAAGCUUUCAAAGGAUUGAAUAAGUUGAUAGCACUCGACUUGGAAGCUAAUUCCAUAGUUGAUCUACCUAGUUACAGUUUUUAUGGUUUACAUCUGAUAAAGUUGAACAUGAAAGGAAACCAAAUUCAGAAGGUAUCCGAAUACGCUUUCGCAGGACUCGAGGACACCCUAUCUGAAUUAGACAUGGCUGAAAACAAACUGAAGAGUUUUCCAAUUAAAUCUUUGAGACGACUAGAAAGAUUGCGACAUUUACGUCUAGCCUGGAAUGAAAUUAAUGCCAUUCAAGAUGAUUCCUACUCAAGACUCGGUUCCCUCCUUUACUUAGAUCUCAGCUUUAAUAAUUUCGAAAAGCUAGAAGAUUAUUCGUUCAGAAUUUUUCCAGGAAUACGCACUUUAUCGUUAUAUUAUAACGUUAUAGAAACUGUACAUCAAGACUCAUUUUCAAUGCUAACGGAUCUACAAUCGUUGGAUUUAAGUCACAACAAAAUAGUUUAUUUAGAUCAGUCAUGUUUUCAAAAUAAUAAAAAAUUACGAUCAGUGGACUUAAGUCAUAAUCACGUUCAUUAUAUAAGCGGUGUUUUCGCUUAUCUACCAGAGCUCAAGGAACUGUUUCUUUCAGAAAACAACAUAUUGGAGAUACCAGCAGAUGCUUUCACAGAUUCAUCAAACUUAUCCGUUAUUUAUUUACAACAGAAUGCAAUACGAAGAAUUGAUCCCGAAUCAUUAGUUACAUUAGUUAACCUAUCGCAAUUACAUUUAAGCUCAAAUUUCAUACAACAUGUACCCAACAAUUUACUCCAACAUAACGUCAACUUAACAUCUCUCAGUUUAGACAGUAAUUGGUUAACACGUUUAGAACCAGGAACAUUUGAUAAAACCAUAAAUCUGAGAGAAAUUAGGCUCCAUAACAAUAAAAUUCAAUCAAUUCUCCGAGGAGUAUUUGAUCCACUCCCCUCGUUACUAGAACUUCACUUGCAAAACAAUGAAAUAUCUUCGAUAGAUUGGGGUGCUUUUCGUACUUUGCAAAGUCUCCAGCAUGUAAAUUUACAAGGUAACGUGAUAGUGGAUCUCGGGGAUGUAUUUAUGCAUGAAUCUCCGUCCCUUGUAUCGAUUCAAUUAGAUUCAAAUAAUAUUUUAUCAUUGCACAAUGAUACUUUGAGAGGACAGUCUAGUGUGCAGAUCAUGUGGUUAGGUCAUAACAGACUCAAGAAAAUAAGCAAAUCACUUUUUAAAGACCUACUUAUGAUUCAAAGAGUGUAUCUCACCAAUAACAGCAUUUCGUACAUAGAAGAGAGAUCAUUUGAACCCAUGCAAGCUUUGAAGUUUCUAGAGCUCAGUAUGAAUCAGUUGACUCAAAUAACACAAACGACAUUUUGUGAAUUAUUCGAAUUAGAAGAGCUUCAUAUCUCCAAAAAUAUGUUGAGGAGUAUAGAACCUCAAUCUUUCACCAAUCUGAAGAAACUGAGGAUACUGGAUCUUUCAUGUAACCCUCUGAUUGUUUUACACGAUAAUAUUUUUCAAGAAGGCCUACCAAUAAGGAAUUUGAAUCUCUACAAUUGUUCCAUACAAAGAAUCGAUUUGGGCGCGUUUAGAGGUCUGAAUAAUUUAAAUGAACUGAAUCUAGCUCUUAACGAACUGACCUCUAAAGAUUUGAGUGCGUUGGAUAUUCCGGGUUUGCGAGUACUAAAGCUAACCAACAAUGAUUUUAGUACUUUGCACGGGUUCUCUUUGAACGGUUUACCGUCCUUACAGACUCUUUAUUUAGAUCGAUGUAAGAUUUCGAGAGUGCCAGAUGAACUUUUUUCUAAUAACAAGAACUUACUCCAUAUUGAUUUGAAUUAUAAUCAUAUAAUGGAUUUAGGGUACAAAGUGUUUUUAAAUUUGAACGUACUAAAAGAGUUGAAAUUGUCUAGUAACAUAUUUAGUGAUAUACCUUAUACGGCCCUUUUGAACAUAUCUACGAUGGAAGUGUUAACAUUAGCAUAUAAUCAUUUAACCACUAUAGAGAUAUCUCGACUAAAUGGUUUGCCUAAUUUGCGAGAACUUGAUUUGAAAAGUAACUUCAUAACAUCAUUAUCGGGAUUUGCAUCGGCUAACUUAACUCAACUGUUUUCCUUGGACCUGAGUAACAACUCUCUGGUGGGAUUACCGGCUAACUUUUUCCAUCACUCUCCUUUACUAGGACGAAUUGAUCUAUCUUGUAAUAGAUUUAAGCAAAUCCCGAGUUCGGCGUUGUCAGGAACUACGCUACCAGGAUUGAAUUGGUUGAAUCUAACGGAGAAUCCCUUAAUAAGAAUUCAUGAUAUAACAUCAACAAAUCGUUAUCCUUCUUUAGAAGAAAUACAUAUAAGUUCAACUAAUCUCAGUAUUAUAACAAGCAAAGAUUUUGAAUCUUUUCCGGCGCUACUUCACAUCUUCUUGGGACAAAACAGGAUUUCAAGGAUUUCUCCAGGAGCUUUUGGAAAUUUACCGAAUCUAUUAACUCUUGAUUUGGGUGUAAAUGAAUUGGAAUUGUUACCUCAAGAAAGGUUACAAGGUUUGAAUCAUUUGAGAAUCCUUAAUCUAACCCAUAAUCGUUUGAAAGAACUGGAAGAAUUUCCAGCGAAUUUGAAGUCACUCCAAAUUCUGGACAUAUCUUUCAAUCAUUUGGGAAGGAUAAGCAAAAGUACUUUCCAACAUCUAGAAAAUUUAUCGGAAUUAUAUCUCUUCGGUAACUGGAUAUCGCUUGUUUCUAGCGAUGCUUUCAAACCUUUAAAGAAGUUAAGAACCCUCGAUUUGAGCCGAAAUUAUUUGGAGAAUAUUCCUUUGAAUGCGUUUCGUCCUUUAGAAACUCAAAUUAGAAGUCUUAGAACUGAAGAAAAUCCUUUAUCAUGUAGUUGCGACUCACAAGAACUUUGGGAAUGGUUACACGACCACCAAAAGCUAGUUGAGCACACGGAUACUCUUCAAUUACGUUGCGAACAUCCUCCAGAGCUCCGAGGGAGGAUAUUUCUUGAACUCGAUCCGGAGCAAUUCUGCGAUCAGCCUAUGGUAGUGAAACUAGGAAUUCAAGACAUUCAACCAUUCUCCGUAUUAGUAUCUUGGCAAAGUAGAAAUCAUUCCGGAUUAAGUGGAUACCAAGUAGCAUAUUACGCAAUUGAUAGAUUAGAGGAUCUAGAGAUUCGGGGAAGAAAAUUGGAUCGCUUCUCACGAUCCAUGAAACUUUCGAAACUCCACCCAGAUACGAAAUAUCUAAUAUGCGUCUUGGCACUUGGAAACUGGGCACUUAACCUCAAAGAAUCUCCACAAGGUUUGAGACGCUCUAUCAACGAAUCCCAAGAUUUGGAAGUCUUCUCAGAUGGUAUGCGUCCAUUAUUAGUCGAUUCUCCUACAAGUAGAUGCGCGGAAGUAAAUACCCUCGGAGCACCAGAUAGUAUGCACGUAGGAAUGGGAAUUCUACCUGACCACUCCAUGGGUACCCAAUCUAUUUUAACACGUCGCCUCGGCCUUAUUAUUGGCUGUUGCAUGGGUUUUAUAGUAUUUAUAGGGUUAGUGACCGUCCUAGGAUAUCUUAAAAUUAAAAAACAGAGAAGGGCCGUCAAACGGGACCAACCUUUACCACCAGAAUACUUGUCGUAUAGACAUUUUUCUAUACAGAGUGGAGAAGCGGGUGGACAUCCGCAUUUUAUAACGAAUAUGAAUACCACCGUAUUGAACUAAGAUUGACGGUUGUACCUAUACAAGGUGUAUCAAAUAUUAAAUCACUUGAAUUAUUUUUUAAGGUUCAUUGGUGAGGCACAUAAGAAUAUACUAUAUAUCUUAAAUAAAAAAUAAUAUUUCAUUUAUAUAUUUCAAUAUUUUGAGCUGGGUUGAAUCAAUUUUUCGAAAUUAAUUAUUUUUUAUAUUAAAUUCAUUAUUCUAAAAAUGUCUAAACUCACUAAAAUUUCUAUACUAAUUAUCCAUUUGCAUCAUCCGGUUCCGAAUCGUUUCUUAAAUAUCCUUAAUACAACAAAUAUAUUCCUCUUCAAACGGCUCUAAACCAGUCAGUGAUUGUAUGGCUUUUUUUGAAUUAAAUAAGUUUUUAAUGAAAAAUUAUGUCAUUCGACAGAUUGGUCGACAAAAAAAUUAUUCUUUGUGAAAUUAUUUUUCUAUUGGAAUGGAUCACAAGCUACAAUCGGUUAGAAGGGGCAUCAAAAAGUAUAUUAUAACAUAAGUAAUAAAAGGAAUAAAAUUUUCAAUCCUUAUGUUUGGGCUUUAACUUGAAUUUACAGUAAUGCCAGCGAUGAUGCCAACUUUUGUUUUAACACGUUGAGAUUACCCAAGGAAACAUGAAGAAAUUAUUUAUUUGAUAUAGAAAGUGCGCAAAAAUGCUGUCGCACACCAAAAACAUCAUUUUUGCAUUUCUCAUUCGAAAUAAAUCUUUUCAUUGUAUUUCUUUGAAAGGUACACCCGACUUGAACUAUACAAAAACAAGCUUUUUAAGAUCGUGAAAAAAAUCAAAUGUACCAAGAGUAGAAUAAUGUUUCAAGGCCCCAGGACGGUCCAAAUAAACUGUAAAACACAUUUUAAUACGAUCUUUUGUAUCGUGGAGAGAGUUCGAAAUAAAAUUCACCGUGCGGUCCAUAGGACCGCUCUGGGCAUUGGGGAAAAAUCAGUUGUACUGGGGCUCAACGUGUUAAGAAACUCCGUUCUACUUAAUAAAAGCCGCUUGACAUGAUGCAAGACAAAGAGCAAUACAUUGCAAGAAUCAUUAUUUCUUGAUCAAAAGCAUGCGCUGAUGAAGUUGUUUCAUGUAAGAUCUCGCAGUUGCUACAUUAUCGAUUUGGGACCAUUUUCAUAGCGUGCAAGCUGCAAUUCUAUGGAGAAAUGAGUUUCUGAUCUGCUGAUAUUACUUCUAAGUUUUCUAUUUUCUAUCUUAUGUUUUAUUUUCCUAAGAGCUUUUCAAAUGCUUCUUCAUCCAUUCACAAAUAUUUUUUGGAAGUUUUCUUAUUUAAUUCUAUAGCUUAACUUAUAUUUCCUCUUGUUUCAUCGAGCCAGGACCUGGCUCCUCUGUUCUAUUCUUCCAAAAGCAAGACAGCAACAGAUAUAACUAUCACCAGUGAUCUUCUUAUCACUGUUUCGUGUUGACUUUACAUAUCUUUGUUAAUUUUAAACUGGUCAUAGAAUAUUGAAUAAAAUUUGAGGUUAGAACAUUGUUUGAUUUUACAUAUGGUAAGAGACGUGCAUAAUGUUAAGCGACGUGCAAUUAUCGUCUAUGCAAUCUUUUGAUCUUGCCAAGCGGCCUCAAACACACUGUUUACUUUCACUACACUGAUAUUAACAAUCGCACUUCCUGGUUAUUGGCUUAUAACCGGCUUAAAGUACUGGUUAACUGUCUGUUUCAAAUGAAUAUAACCACUUUGUUCUAACAUGAAAAUAAAGUCAGCCAUACCUUACUACUUCUUAUAACGUUUCAUCGUUUCAAUUAAACUUUAAACAAGAAGUUGUGGAAGUUAUGAGUUCUAUAUAUGAGAAACAAUUUUAUAUAUAUAUAUAUAUGAACAAUUUCAUUAAUCAAAACGUUAAAUUUAAUCAAUUGUUUCAAUUUACGGUUCUACAAUAAUUUCAUAAAUAUUGUAUUGUUAUAAAUGAUAUUACCCAGAGUAAACUAAACAAUUCAAUUACAUUCAGAAUAAUAAAUGAUGUUACUUUAUCAUGAGACAAAACUGUUCUUAUUUUCUAUUAAAGUUUUUGAAACAUUAUAACGUGACACGAUUUGAACUACACCGAGACUGAAACGUCCUUAUUAUGUUAAUUGGUUUCAAAUUUUAAUUUAAAGAAAGACUUUAGUCGAGAUGCCUUCCUAGCAACUAAUUUAUUCCUUUAUAAUUGAUGUUCUUCUUUUUCCUCCUUAAUGUGUUUGUUCUGUGCCACGAUAUUCUCUCCAUCAUUUUGUUUACGGGAUAACAAGAUUGUUGCCUCGAUUUAUUUCCAUUAAGUUUAAUGUUCUGGCUAUAAAUCGACCUAAUCAUGAGCUUAUUGCUAUAUUCUAUUUCUAUAAAACCGUGGAAAUUUGCUAGUUGCCAGUUCAUAUCAUUGACCUGAUACUGACAGUCUUGUAUCAGACUUGUUUUCACAAUUAAAGUUUUUUAUGAACCCCAUAAAUUUUCUUGAUUUUUAGUUGGUCAAUGCUUUUCUAUAAGUGAUAGUUUUGUGAUAAUUAUGUUCUCAGUAAACAAUUCGGUAGAAUUAGAAUUUAAUUCGUAAGACUUUGGAGAUUGACUAUUUUUCAUCAAAUAGUACCUACUCUAAUCAGAAGGAUAAGUGAACUACCUCGACAACUGCUUUUCUAACCUGAUAUUUUAAAAUUUUUUCGAAACUCCAUAAUUACAUAUUUUCUAUUUUUUCAGAAGAAAAUUUCCAUAUAGUAGGCAAGAAAUUUCUUCUUCUAUUGAUUUUAUUAAUGAAAUAUUACAUACUGCUUAUUUUCCUGCGACGUGUACAACCAAGAUAAAAAAUUGUAUUCUAUUCGAUAUUAUUUGUAUAUUCGCGAAUGAAAGAGAUGGACUUUACCUUUGACUUUCAAAUGAGUACGAAGGUUUUUGAAAUGAAAAUAAGUUUUAUUCCUUAACCCUCUCCAAAAGUGCAAAUAUAAAUUUUUUUCUAUAGUCGACGGUAUUCUAGUUACAUAAAAGGAAAAGAUUGCCAAUUGUUAACGAAGCUGUGUAGAAGAGAGCUUCUCUGAAGUUUUGGUGAGCUCGAUAAGAUCUGAGGUGAGAAAAUCUCUAUUCGUUACCUUUUUUUUUUGUAUAUUUAAAGCUAAUGUGGCAUAUUAUGGAAUAAAACCCAAUUUCAAACUUAUUUUGAGAUACAGUACAGUCCUAGAACUCUUCUCACUACGUAGAGAUCCAGAUCGUACAGGUGAAUGAAAAUAUACCUCCAGAUUCUAAUAGAACUAUAGACAUAGAAAAUUACCGUGGAUAAAACGCGGCUUAGGACUUUUUUAAUAUUCUAUUGCAUUAGAGAUAGAAAUAGAUCUGUCGAUAUAUCAAUAGUAUGGAAUAUACGUAGAACUAGAAAAUAAGGUUGCCACACUCACCUCACCUAUGAGGUUCACCAAAAGAAUGAUUUGCAAUGGGUCCAUGCAGAUAAAAAUCUUUAAAUGAAAACAUAUCGUAAGUGAAAAAGGAAAUGUAUGUCUAGUGUCACAUUGUCACAUUGGGAACAGUAAUAAUGGAUUGUCUUCCAAUUUCUCAGUAUCUUAAUCAAUUUAUUAUUUCACUCUUAUAUCAACGUUCAUCUGCAUUUUUAUUCAAUUUCCUUUUUUGUUUGUAUUGAUCAUACCCUUGGUAUUUCAAGUAAAAAAUUUGUUCUCAAAUAUUGGCAUAUAACAUACCGAUAUUAAUUACGUCACAUUUCUCAUUUUAUAAGAUCCUGCGUCUUGUGCUUCAAAUUCUUUCAUUUUUUUCACAAUUAUUUUACCAUUAUACAAUUAUUGAAUACUACGUUGAAUUAUUUUCUCCUCAAAUAAUUUAUUGUGUACUAAUAUCCAAUAUUAGAUAAUCUCAUGGUCGUCUUCUUCUGUAAUACUAACUCUGCCAACAAACAAUGAAGAAGAAUCCAGCAAUUCCGUGAUUAUUAAUAAUGGAAUUACACACAUUAUUGUUCGUUGUUCAUACUUGGUUAAAUUUCAAACAAGUUUCAGUUGCGUGAAUGCUCUUACAACCAGUGAUAUGUUGGGAGAUAAUAUCGUGGUAAACCAAAUCCUACCUAAAUAAUUUCGGGGUUUCCAAUUCACAAAUACUUCAAUAACUUUCAAUAUAAAUUGUUUCAAACUUUUGAAUCGAAUGUUAGUGAUAAGAAAUUCACUGAUUCCACUCUUAACGCAAUAGGCUCGGAAUUUACUCAAGUACCAAGUACUUUAAUUAAUGAACAUGUAUGAACAUCGAAACUAUAGUCGAGUGGAUUAGGAAGUAAGUUAGUCAAAUUAAUGUAUUUCGUUCUAUUUUUGCGGUAAGAGCUACCCCGUUACAAUGCAUGACCGCUUACUAACUCGUCGUCUAAAUGUUUAGUUUUCACGGAGCUCCAAAAUGUCUCGGUGAAGAGAACAAACAACUUUCACAUUGUUGUCUAAAUGAGUUCAACAAUAAUGUUAGAUUUCCACAUUCUAAUACUGAUGAAGCAAUCUGCAUAUUCUCAUCUCAAUUUAUCGGUAAUUGCAUUCCUCUUAUUUGUAAUAUUUAUUAGAAUGGGUAUAAAAAGCUAACGUAAAGGAAUAGAUUUAUGCCAUCCCGGACUUAUAUAAAUCUAUAAAAGAGGGUAUUAUCCCUCCAUGUAUCGUUUUGUUAUAUUUUGGAAGGAUGAGGUAACAAUGUUGAUAAAUCAAUCUAUAUGUUACUGAACGCUAGAAUUAAUCCGUUCUGAAAUUUUUGAGUUCAUUGCGACCAAACACAGUUGAAAUCCCAAUUUUAUAAUAUGUAGUAAUAUGUUUUUAUUGGUGCUGCAACUCAGAAUCAACUGUAAAGUUCCUUAUCAUUCUUCUCUCUCCAUACAUAUUUAGAAUUUAUAUACUACUGAUCUGAUGGUCAAACUAAACCAAAGUGAAACCGUGUCAUUUACCUUCAAAAAGCUAGUAGAUGAUAAACGUGGUAAAAGAUAUUUCAGUUUGAGAGAGAAACUUACGAUCGCUUCGUGCAGCCUCUACCCGGACAGAAGAAAGCGGAUUUGAGCUGUAGGCUACUGCGAAGUUCUCGCACUACACACUCCACCAUUGGUGACAUUCAGGCGUCAGUCGGCAAUGUGCCACAGCCACAUAAACAUGUCCGCCAUUAAUGAUGUGUGUGAAUCGCGAAGUGUUUUCUAAAGGUUUAAGGUCAUAGUGCUGCAGGAAUCCAUCGUAGAAUGAGUCGUGUGUAUGGGGAAAACUUUAUGAGUGACGGUGUUGUACGUGAAUGGUUUCGAAAGUUUAAAGAUGGACGUAACGAUGUGCAUAAUGAAGAGGGCCAAGCACACAAAUCUGUCGUUUCAAAUGACCUGGUUCAACGAGUUGACAGAAUCGUUGAAGAAAAUUGCACGUUCCCCAUUAAUGCUUUGUCUACGGAAGUUUCGAGGUCUAUUUUUUCCUCUAUGGUUACUAAACGGUGAGGUUAUAUUUGCGGCAACUUUCUUUGAAGAGGGUAUUGAAAAAAUUGUCCACAGAUAUGACAAAAAUCUCAAUCUCUUCGGUGAUUAUAACGAAAAGUAACCGUAAGCGUAAAAUAAAAUUAUUGUUUUAUAUGAACUUAUCUUUUAUUUAUAGCCUAUUGGAGGUUGAAAGAGAAAACGGCCUUCAUAUAUUGAUAAAAUUGUUGGUACUGCGUCAACACUAACAUAAAUAAAACUGGAACAAAAAAAUCGUCGAGGAGUUAAUUAACUGCUUGAAAGAUUGCGUAAAUGUUUUUCAGUUUUUCAGAAAAACUCGUAGAAAAAAAUUUUAACGAUAUUAAAUAUAUACAUUUGUCGUGUGUUAUUGUAGAUAAUGGAAAUUGAAGAUUGCAUUGAUAGAAAAUACUCGUUAAAAUAAAAAGAGAAAAAAUAGCAUAUUCUAUAUUUAGAUUUAUAAUUUGAAUUCAAAUCAAAUUCAAAUGCGAUUCCAACUAUAUUUCAUGAGAAAACUUGUAGCGAAUGUAAUUAUUAAUGCAAAAUAGCAAGUUUUCAGUUGUUAUAAUAAAAACCAAAGCCGCAUAUGGCUAAAAAACUUGAUUAUUCGUUCUUAAAGUUAUAUAUUUUUUGUUCCGUAUAAAAACCAUGAGAUAAAAACAGUCGAUAAUCAUAUCAAAGUUCAUAAGAAAGGGCAGUAGAAACUACUAUUCGGAGCAAAAAACUUUUUCAUCACACGUCGCGUCAAUUAGAGACGCUAUGGUGUAAUGAAAGGAGACAUUGACAGAAAAAUAGACCAGACUACAUGAAAAAAUUGUUUUUGUGACUUUUUCUGUUUCGUGCAGGAACUCAUCAAUUUCUUUCGAUUGAGAUACUGAUAAAAAGUUUUGAAAUUGACAAAAUAUAUUUAGGGAGAAACGAAUUAGAACCUCAAUAUUUUUUAAACGUAUUUGGAUUUAGCGUUCUAUAUAAGGAGUGAUCUAUAAGUUCAAAUUGGAAAGCUGUGACAACUCAAAUUUCAUUAGAUUAGAUAUAGUAAUUUUUAGAAUACAGAAAGAGAAAUAUUGUUAUGGAAUCAAAUAAUACUGGUCAAUCAUGAUCUAUUUUGACAAGGUUGAGGAUAAUAACUAACGAAGUAAUUGUGUAAAAUCUUAAUUCGGAUAAAAACUAGACCAAUGAAGUCAUGAGUUACCACUUUUCCUUAAUUAUGAUUCAAUAUAUAUUUGAUGUUGCUUAGAUGAGAUUAGAUCAGCUAUGACGUGAAUCUACAUCACUAGGGGCUCUCUUACACUACGCUGGCAAGCCACGACACUAAACACGUCGUCGAUCACCUAGCUUAACACGUGGAUGCUUCAUCACGUCCUCAGUUUGCUAGUUGUACGUAAAGAUGUCAUUGAACAGUAAGUACAUGUUGUUGCUAGCUCUCCUGCUAAAGAAAAGAAGAA